UUGCCGCCAUAUAUAUAUAUAGGAAUCAAAAGCUAAACUAACACAAUUCUCCCUUUUCUGAUUUAAAUUUGACAAUCUUAGAGCAGGUUUAAUUUCAGGGUCCAAUACAGUCUCACCUAUGUUAAACAUAGAGAGAAACCAAGAUCCCUCUAUCUGUGUAUUGCAGAAUUUCCCUCCUUUCCAAAUUACAUAAUUCCCCUUUGUUUCUGGGUUGAUUAUCUGAAACUUGAGAACUUGGUGUAACACUGAAAUUCCUUAUUACAUAAUGCAGUUUUUUAUUAGGUCAUGCAAUGGGAUACAGCUUCUGAACAUGGAUCUUCGCGGUGCAACUGUGGAAACCCUGAAGCUUGUGGUAGCAGAGCGGGAAGGGAUUCCCGUGGAGGAGCAGUACUUGAUUCUCGACGGACAUAAACCUCUACGCGAUGGCACAUUACUCACAGACUAUGAUUAUGUAUUUGGUGGUCAGGCAACCAUAGAAGUUUUUCCGAGGAUUCGUGGUGGCAACACCAUGGUGGAACCACUACCGAUAUUCGUAGCACGUCAUGUUCAGAUGCUAAGUAGGGUUUUCGAGCUAAGUGGGGAUUUCCGGUCCUGGGAUGGCAGGAGAGUGCAACCAGUGCUCACCCCACUCGGUGUAAGGAUCCUCCGUGGCAUCAUGUCCUGCGUCCUGGCAGCACACCAAGCUGGCUUAGCAUACAAUGGUUCUCUCCAGAUUGGUCAUCUGGUGGUUUCAGGGUUCUCGAGGGGCGAGCACGGGCUCAUUGUGCCCGAGACGGCGGCCGUUCGCAUCAACGAUCAGAUGGCGGUGGAAUUGGAAAUAAGGGCAGUACCCCUGACACCGGAGGGUCAAAAGGCGGACUACUUCGCACUCGCUGCUAUACUAGGUCGUGUGUUCCGCAAAGGAUUUCCCCUACAUGUGGACACGAUACACGUGAAGCUGGGUAAUCUGGCGGCGCCAGGAGGCCCUGCUCCGGCGCCGGCGACUACGCAGCUGCUGCAAGCAUUCGUGGCCAUGGCCGAUCCGCAAGUCAUGGCGACCAUGUGGUGGAACCUCGCCAGGUUCGCAAACUCCCUGGGUCCGCCGCUGUGGCACUGGAAUGAUGGAGCUAACAUCUGGGAAAUGCGAUUGACGACUAAGGAGCGACUGGCUUUUGAGCAAGCCGUGGACAACGGAAGUUAUUGGUGGACAGAUACUGUCACGAGUAACCAGCAGUUCAGCAGACACAUCAACGGAAGGAAUAAUUACAGAUACUGGGCGGCUACAGAUCUGCUCCGCUUUGCAAGGAAUUGGUUCACACAUGCGCCGGAAGCACAAGGGAAUGAUGCUCUAAGAUUCGGGGAACAGGUGGCGCAGUUAUCAUCGGCUGCGAAACUGCCAGAUCUUGACUAUUAUUUUUCUUGCGGUUUUCAUGAGUUCAUGGCACAAGUUCUCGAGAAUCUUUAUAUAAGGGAACAUUCUUUGGGAGUGCGUUGGGACGACCUGACACGAGUCCUUGUUCCUCCAUCUUGAAGAAGAUCUACAAAAACAGAUCAAGUUUUUUCAAGCUUGACAUCUGCGGUGCUUGAUUGUGCACAGAUUCACUCGUACUUGAUUUCAUCUUAGGGCAACUUUAAUUUUUCUUUUUUAUUGUGUCACAUAGUACACAAACUUAUAUGAUUAAUUCACUUGGGGUGGUUUUGCUUCAAUACCCCUCCCUUUAAUACAAAGAGA